AUGGAGAAGGAAGAGACUGCUGACCCAUUGAGAAAACUGAUCGAUCAUGGCAACAGCUUCAUUUCCCGUUAUUACUCCCACUAUGAGGAAUCCGCUCCCAUUUUAGAAGGAUGCGGAGAGCCUCUCGUAGAGCUACUGGUACGACAGGCUCAGUUGAUGAGCAUGGCAACACCCGACCACGACCUGAUCAAACGACGGUUGGACGACAUCCUAUCCGCGUCCUACAAUAAGUUUUAUGCUUACUUGUACAAAGACCUGCCGCCAUGUUGGAGGCUGCUGUAUACCGAGGCUGCUAUCCUCAAGUUCUGGGUUCUGGUGUUUGAGUGGGCGCGGAGUCGGCAGCCGGAACUGAUCCGGAAAAGGGUCUGGGACAAAAUGGAGUGGGAGGACUUUGAACUUGACACUCCGGCGCGAAGGGAGGAAGUUCACGAGAUCAAUGCACGUUUUGAGAAGCAGCCAAAGGGAACACCACCACGGAACAUGGGUUCGGCAGUGUGGCAUCAGCUAACGCAGCUCUCCAUGCGGACGGAAGUAGGAGGUGUGCAUGUUCGGCGGAGCCGGGAGGCGAGCAGUCGAGUUCGGGAGAGACUGCAGGAAUGGCAACGACGGAAUGAGCAAGAAGACGGCCAACAGGGGCCAGAGCAACAGCAACAAAAACGGGAGCGAGAGGAGGAACUUCUCAAUGAUAUGGUCAAAACCUUGGAUCUUGCCUUGAUCCUGGCCGGCGGUGGAGGAAAACAUGAUGAAAUUCACGGUUAUGUAGCCUUACUGGAGAAGGCGGCAUCCCUGCCCAGCAACGACAACAGUCCGGACAAAAUCAGCUCCAAACCAUCAGAAAGCGAAACCCCUAGGCAGGACCCUUCCCUGGGACGCACACGCACAACAUCACUCACCCAACCACCAACCAAACGAGCAAGGCUAUCACUCCCCCCUCCCACCAACCCCUCAUCAACAAUCGAUGGCUGGCUCCCCCUCAACGCCUCAGGAGAGCUCGUCGGCCCCGUCGCCAUUUCUGAUGAACCUCCUGUCAACACCCAACAACAAACACCCAUCAUAACCCAAAAACCACCCAACUGGUCCUCCCACCCCUCCUUCUCCCCCUACGAACCCUUCACCCCCCCAGUAACCUCCCCCAUCCCCCGCCUCCCCUCCCCCUCCCUCACAACCUUCCAAUCCCACCUCUCCUCCCCCACCCCUCAACCCCUAAUCCUCACCAGCCUCGUCCCCAGCUGGCCAGCUCUAGCCGCCCGCCCCUGGUCCAAACCCUCCUACCUCCUCUCCCGCACCUUCUCCGGCCGCCGCCUCAUCCCCGUCGAGAUCGGCCGCUCCUACGUCGACGAAGGCUGGUCGCAGAAAAUCCUCCCAUUCUCCGAGUUCCUCUCCACUUACAUAACUUCCCCUUCCGAGUCCAAAGGCUAUCUCGCCCAACACCAACUCUUCGCCCAACUCCCCCAACUCCGCAGCGACAUCACCAUCCCUGACUUGUGCUACACCUCCCCUGCGAACCGUCCCGACGGAACACCGGAGCUGGAAGAACCAAUGCUGAACGCCUGGUUUGGCCCUCCAGGGACGAUCACCCCUUUACAUACAGAUCCGUACCAUAACCUUUUGGUGCAGGUUGUGGGCAGGAAGUACGUGAGGCUGUACCCCCCUGGGGCGGGCGUCAAGAGACGAGGGGAGGAAGCGGGGGUUGACAUGGGGAACACGGCUGCUUUUGAUGUGGGUGUGCUUGAGGGGUGGGAUGAGGCGACCGGAGAGGGGGGGGAUGAAGAGGAAAAAGAGUUCAAGAGGCUGGAAUAUGUCGACUGCAUACUCGAGCCCGGGGAGACGUUGUACAUACCCGUGGGGUGGUGGCAUUAUGUGAGGGGACUGAGUGUGAGUUUCAGUGUGAGCUUUUGGUGGAAUUAA